AGGGAAAGGGCCUUCUAGAACUGACAUCUCGAUUCUCCGUCUUUGCUCGGAUCAAGGAGGUUACACCGUUUGGUCGGACAGAGCGAGGCGCAGCAUUGUCCGCUGUAACAUGAGUGAGUCAUUGCCGCUGGCCAAGAAAACCCUGGUGGUCUGACGAAAACAAUAAACGACUCGUUACGCCGACGGCACGGAGGACACCGCCGCGUCAUUGGGCGGCGCAUCGAGCUUUCAUCCGGUCAGACAACAACGCCGUCCCAGUUACCGUGUUGGGCCUAGAUUCAUCCGCCUCGGACGACGACAGGCUCAAAGUGGUUUUUCAAUGCUCUCAUCCCACUUCCCUCUUUCCUCUCCUCUCUUUCCUUCCCACACUCUCCCCCUCCCUCUGCCUUGCGAUCAGGCAAAGCAAGCAAGGCAUCUAUCACUCUUCCACCUGUCCUGACCGGAGGUCACUUUGGACAGUUGUUCACCAUGGCCGCAUCAGUUACUGCCGCGCCUACCCGUGCCCUCCUCUCACUCUUCCCGCCAUAAGAACCAUCAAUGGCCCGAGUGGGAGUCUCCGGUUUCACAGAAUUACUACCUACGGUCCUAUCCUCUGGCUGUCAACGAUGGCCAGCGAACUGUUCAAUCACAAUACUACGACUGUCCCAUCGGCAACGAUGAUAGCUCUUCGGCGCUCGGCUGGGACAAUCUUGAUGUCUCCGAUGACUGCAUUGGCGACGCUUGUCGCGAUGAAGACACAUAUCGGAUUCUGGAGGAGGCCACGCAGCGAAUGGGCGAGGUUUCUUCUCAAGUGGGAGACGCGACCUCUCCUGGGAAGGAUCAAGGCGAGGUGUUUGGCAACGUGGCUUUAAGUUUUCCAGAGAGUUUUUUCGCCAAUCCCUUCGCUGUUUCUUUCCCAGGAGACAUCCCAUGCCCGGGAGCACCCAGCAGCCCACUCAUUCCAGGGUGCACCUCACCGUCAAUCCCAAGCCUAGGCAAUAUCAGCACCAGACCGUCUCCGGUCACGCCGGGGGCGGCUCUCUGCGGGAUAUCAGGGUUGAGCAACUCAAUCCAAACGCCAAAGUCGACGGCCUGCACUCCACCUAGUGCGGGUGACACCCGUUUGACGUCCAAGGGCCCGGCGGGCCCGAAGGCGAAAUACGGACCUCAAAUUCAUUUCGUCGACAUGGCCGACAAGAAGGGUGCUCAGAGGAUUCGGAAUACGAUGAACUCUCGAAAACAUCGUCAAAAUAAGCUUGACAAGAUAAGAGAGCUGGAGAAGAAGUUGGCAACCAUUGAAGCGGAGAAGAAAAGGUGGCAGGGACGAGCAACGGAGAUGGGGUGGAAACCAUCCCAAUAGGAGUUUUGAUAAUUCAUAUUUCGCACCUUGCGAGUCCGAUACAAUCCAUUAAAUCCGGGUUGCUUGAAUUUGUUGAUGCCCAUCUGCCGAAACCUUCAAACCAGACACAGCACUCGAGGAGUUCCCGCUCCGAUAUAGCCUGCACACGGGACGCCUCCCUGUCAAAGUAGUGAUCGAGUGUAUCAGCCGCCAUUUCGACAGCUCUAGCUGGAUACCUGGUAGGCGAUCAUAGCUCUGUAUGCGCUUGAC